AUGUUCUCCAUCUCCGGACUUGCGGCUGCCACCGCCGCGCUGCUUGCAGCCGGCGCCAAUGCGCAUGGCGUCGCCACCGCCUUGAUUCACUGGCCAGAUGGCACCUUCUACCCUGGAUACGACCCCGGCUACCAGUUCGUGCACCCGCCGCCCGUGGUCAUCGGCUGGAGCAUCCCCGACGACCUCAACAACUCGUAUAUCUCGCCCAGCGCCUACGACACGCCCGACAUUGUCUGCCACCUGGGGGCCACGCCCGCCGGCCUCGCCGCGCCCGUCAACGCCGGCGACGUGCUGGAGAUUGUGUGGAACCAGUGGCCCGAGUCCCACCACGGCCCCGUCCUCGACUACCUGGCCAGCUGCAACGGGCCCUGCGAGACCACCGACAAGACCAAGCUCCAGUUCUUCAAGAUUGGCGAGGCCGGCCUGCUCGAUCCCGCCAGAAACUACUGGGCCGACGACGUCCUGCGCGCCAACAACCUGACCUGGUCCGUCCGCCUGCCCGCCGACAUUGCGCCGGGCAACUACGUGCUGCGCCACGAGAUCAUUGCGCUGCACUCCGCCGGCGUCCCCAACGGCGCGCAAAACUACCCCUUCUGCUUCAACCUGGUCGUCCACGGCAGCGGCACCGCCACGCCCGCCGGCAUCCCCGCCACCUCCCUGUACACGCCAAACGGCCCGGGCAUCAUGUUUAACCUCUACAACGGGUCCACCGACUACGUCAUCCCGGGCCCGCCGCUCUACUCGUCCGCCCUGACGGCCGAGCAGACGAAACUGGGCGCCGUCAAGGCCACGGCGUCCGGCGUCUCCAGCUACGAGCCGCCCGCCGCGGGUGCCGCAGCGCGUGCGGUUCCGACACCGGCCGGCCCGCCUGCACGGCGCCAGGACGCACGCGCCGUGGCCGCGACGGCACCGUCCGCCGCUCCGGCCGCCACAGGCGCAGCAGCGACCGCUGCGCCUGUCGCCGCCGCCGACCAGCCGGCCGAACCGGUGCCGACGACUCUGCUGACUGCCGUCCUCAACUGCCAGCGCUCCUACCGAGUCUGUAAGUAUGGCAGUGGCGGCAACGGCAGUGCGGGCUCCAGCAGCAAGAGCACCGAUCCGAACAAUCCCACCGCCGAUUCCGAAGGCUCGGAAGGCUCCGAAGAGGACGACGACUCCGUGCCGGGGAGCGGCGCCGGAGGCGAGCGUCCGUCGAAGCGUCACCUCAGCCGGCCAGGCUCCGGGUCAACACCACAACACGGCCAUGCCGUGCCAAGCAAUGCGGCGACGAGCAGCAACCACCCGGCGCCAAACAACUCGUCCCUCAACCUCCUUUUGAACCCGUCAUCACCAACGCAUCAUCACGCAAAUCUUUCUCCAUCAGGCCAUGGGCUCUACCAUCAGUUCCAGCACCACCCCCAGCAACCACCAUAUGGCUCCUAUCAACCGUCCGCACAACCGAUUGCGGCGGCAUCGAUGCAAAACUCCUUUCCGUCACUCGCACAGAUCUCGAGCACCCUCGAAAGUCCGGAACCGCUCAUGUCGUCCAAAGGAGACGACCUCCGCAAGCUGGCCGCGUCCCUACUGCUGCAGUGCAUGGUGCGCAUGGAGAGACUGGAAAAGCUAGUCGUGGCCAGGGACCCGUCCGCCCUCUCCGAUAUGCCCACGUUUCCGUCGUCGUCGGUCCUCUCCCAGCUGAACCUGCGCCAACAGCCUUCGCGCGACCAGCAACAGCGCGUCAUCGAAGCCUCCAGCACGACAAUGCGUUCGUUGAGUGUCAAAGGCCGCAACGGACUGCGGACAAGAUACUUUGGCCAAAACAGCACGCGUGUUCUGUUAAACUUGUUUGACGACGCGAAGGACUUUAUGUUGAACCAAGCCAAGCGAGACACGACUGGGGGCUUGUUCUGGCGCCUAGAGCGGAUCCACAUCGCACUACAGGAGAACCACCAGCAGACGCUGAAGCCGAUCACUGUGUACGUCGACUCUAUGAUGCCAGUGCAAAAGCGCAUGGCAGACAUACUGCCGCGCCGCGACGUAUGCGAUCGCCUGAUCAAUGCCUAUGUCAAUGUGUCCGAGGGCCUCUAUCGCGUCAUCCACGUUCCGACGUUCCGUCAAGAGUUUGAGGCGUACUGUGCGCACGGCGUCACGGGCGGCGCAGGGGACGGUCAGGGCGUGGCCGAAGAUUUCUUACCGCGACUGCUCUGCAUUCUGUGCAUCGGCAGCCGCUUCGAGACGGACUCGAAGGGCUUGGCGUACGAUCGGUCCGAUGGCGUGCAUAUCCCGACCGCCUGCGCCCUGGUGCGCUCGUGGCUGGACGGGCUUCGGGGCAAGCCGUCCGUGGAUGUGACGACGCUGCAGACGGAAGUGCUGUUGCUGCAUGCGAGCCGCAUGAUUUCGCCGCGGCCGCAGCGGAUCUGGACCGAGCUGGGCAUGAUCUCACGCCUUGCCAUGGCCAUGGGUCUGCACCGCGACCCGGCCGAGUUUGCCCCCGAAAUAACCCCAUUUCAAGCCGAGCUGCGGCGCAAGCUGUGGUUUACGAUUCUCGACAUGGACCUGCACGUUUCGCUGGCGUCCAGCCUACCCAGCGCUCUGCGACCUGGCGAAAUCACCUGCCGCCCGCCGCGCAACCUCGACGACGCCGACCUCUACCCCGACAUGCCGUCGCUGCCGCGGGGCAAGCCCAUGGACCAGUACACAGAGGGCCAAAUGCAGCUGUUUGCGGCCGGCACACUGCCGCUGCGCAUGCGGGCCAGCGACCUGCUGUGCAACAUCGACUCGCUGACCGACUACUGGGACGUGCUGGACGUGGGUGGUGACCUGGAAAAGGUGCUCGACGACAUCAACUGCCUGUUCCCGCGCAAUGCCGCGCUCAACAGCCACCAGAAGCACAAGGAGUGGCGGAUGCGCGCGAUGCUCGACAUGCAUGUGCGCCGGCCGUUGCUGGCAUUGUACCGGCCGUUUGCACUCAGUGCGUCGGCCGAGUGCCCGCCGCCGGCGGUGAUUUCCGAUGUCUACCUCAAGUCGUCCAUGGCCAUGCUGACAUACAUGGAGGAGCUGGACCCGGCGAUUCCUGGCUUCGGCGACGUCAGCCAUAUGUAUUAUGUGAUUCUGCGCAACGACAUUGUGCAGGCCGCCUUUAGUGUGUGCUACUACAUUGCGCAGGCGGUCGAAGCCGAGUUGUCGCCUGCACCCGCCGGCGCUCCGAGUAGCAGCGGUGCCUCUACGGGCACGGUCAAGCCAGUCGACGGCAGCUCGCCACCCUUGGGCCAAGGUUCUGCUUCUGCUUCUGCUUCUGCUUCUGCUUCUGCGGCUGGCGGGCGCACCGGAACGUUCCUCAGCAGCGGCGCACCGCGCAAGACGUCGCUGAUCUGGUCGUCCGCGUACAUGAUUCGGACGGUCGAGCGUACGGUCGAGAACUUGGCGCGCCUUGUCAACGACCUCAGUUUCGACCUGCGGGAUGUGAUUGCGCUCGCAACCGUGCUGGGCUCCGUGAUGCCGGCGACCAGCCCUGCACAGCGCCACGACCACAUCCGCACCCAGGUGGGGCGCGUUCUCGACACCUGCGUCGAGAUUCUGCGCAACCACAGCUCUGCCGCGAUCCGGAGCGCAGUUCUGGGGCAGAGCCUGCCGCCGAUAGCACAUCAUACGCCGGGCUAUGAUGGCCGCCAGCUGCUGCCCGACGGCAAGCCUGUCCAGACGGACGAAUCUGCGCAGUGGGACACGUACUUUUGGGAUCUUUGGACGCCCAAGAGUACGUAA